AUGGGGGAAAUGGAACAGAUGAAACAAGAGGCUGAGCAGCUGAAGAAGCAGAUUGCGGAUGCCCGGAAAGCCUGUGCAGACACAACACUUGCUCAGAUUGUGUCUGGAGUGGAAGUGGUUGGUCGCAUUCAGAUGCGGACCCGAAGGACCCUGCGUGGGCAUCUGGCCAAGAUCUAUGCCAUGCACUGGUCCACAGACUCCAAACUCCUGGUCAGUGCUUCACAAGAUGGGAAACUGAUUGUGUGGGACACAUACACAACCAACAAGGUUCAUGCCAUCCCUUUACGUUCCUCUUGGGUCAUGACCUGUGCCUAUGCCCCCUCAGGCAAUUUUGUGGCCUGUGGGGGCCUUGACAACAUGUGCUCCAUCUACAACCUCAAGACUCGUGAAGGCAACGUCAAAGUGAGCAGAGAGCUCUCAGCCCAUACAGGUUAUCUCUCCUGCUGCCGAUUUCUGGAUGAUAACAAUAUUGUGACUAGCUCUGGAGACACCACAUGUGCACUCUGGGACAUUGAGACAGGGCAGCAGAAGACAGUGUUCCUGGGUCACACCGGAGACUGUAUGAGCUUGGCUGUCUCCCCAGACUUCAAAUUGUUCAUCUCUGGGGCCUGUGAUGCUACUGCCAAACUGUGGGACGUACGGGAGGGCACCUGUCGUCAGACCUUCUCAGGGCAUGAAUCCGAUAUCAACGCCAUCUGCUUCUUCCCUAAUGGUGAAGCCAUCUGCACCGGCUCAGAUGAUGCCACCUGCCGUCUCUUUGACCUCCGGGCAGACCAGGAGCUCAUAGUAUACUCUCAUGAGAGCAUCAUCUGUGGAAUCACGUCAGUCGCCUUCUCCCGCAGCGGGCGCCUCGUACUCGCCGGAUAUGAUGACUUUAACUGCAACAUCUGGGACUCCCUAAAAGCAGAGCGUGUGGGAAUCCUCUCUGGCCAUGACAACAGAGUGAGCUGUCUGGGGGUGACAGCAGAUGGCAUGGGUGUUGCCACAGGCUCCUGGGACAGCUUCCUCAAGAUAUGGAACUGAGGAUGACAGCAAAGAGGAAAAGAGCAGCAGAAGCACGGCCCAAGGCCUGAGCCCAUGCAAACAGCAUCACCAACUGAACACAACAGAAAUGUCUACUUAUCACUCCCACUUGUCUCUAUACACAGGACACUUGUAGGGGUCACCUAGAGAGAAAAGAUGAGAAGUCUGGGGGUUGGGCUGAGAAGUAGGAGCACACACAGUGACAGUUCUCUCUACCCUUAAACAGGCCAGCAGUUUCUAGCCUCUUGCAGGCUUCAGGACCCCAGCCAGACACAUCUGUUCAUAUCUCAGGCCUUUAUAGCACAGUUCAAACACCUCUACCCAUGCUUGACACCCAUCCCUCUGAGAAGCCCUUAUCAACUCCUCUGUCCCCAGGUACAGCUCCUCCAUAUGGCUCUUCUGUAUACCUGCAGACAUCCCCAGAGAUGGGUUCGAUAUUUUUAUCA